AUGCAGCGUGUCCUGCAGUACCUCACAGCUUGUGAACCGUUCGCAAGGUCCACUGUUGUGCGCCCCCCUGCAUUCCCUGAGCCUCCCCUCUUACCUGCCCUUCCCAAGCCUAAGUGGCUGUUGGCCGUGUAUGCCAGAGAUGUUCUUGGGCGACUUCAUGAGGUGAAGGCCAAAAUAACCUCCGUCUUUGGCUCUGUCCUCAAGAUGGACUCCACAAAAAAGGUGACAAAGAAACUUGCCGGUGCMGCUGCAGGUACAGCUGCCUGGUGCACCAAUGUGGGGAAUGAGCACGGUCAGGUUCUUAUCUCGGUCCUGACAGCCGGCAAGGGACAAGCACUGGACCCUAUGGCAGCUGGCCUAGUGAAGCGGUACAGGGAGGCAGGAGWGGCGCCACCAAAAAUCAUGUAUGUGGACAGAGACUGUUGCAGCCAGCAUGGCCCUUGUCGGGUGAAGGCCAUGUUUGCGGAGUGGGACGGGCUUCAGGUGCGCCUUGACAUCUGGRAUUUCAUGCGCCGGUUUGCUGCAGGUGUCACAACAGAGGCUCAUCCCCUGUAUGGCAUUUUUAUGGCACGUCUGUCCACGUGCAUUUUCGGGUGGGAUCCGGAGGAUGUGGCUGCUCUGCGCCGUGCCAAGGAGGGCGAGCUGGCAGCAGAGGGGAUUGGCCACAUCUCGGAGGAGGCACUGGCCACWCGCAUUACCCGGAGGGAGUUGGCGCUGCACUGCAGGAGGAGGACCAGAGGGGUGGAGGAGACCACCAGACUGAUCGGGUCAUUGAUCAGUCUGMUUGACAGUGCAAGUGGGAAGGACACUCUGGGCGUUCCUCUGCUGGACCACGAACGGAUCCAGCAGAUAUGGCAGGAGCAGCAGAAACACGUGGGCUGUAUCCAGGACCCCGAGGACUUCCCACUGUACARCAAGACAGGCACCCUGAAGAAAGGCGGUGUGGAGCUGCCUUGUUACAGGUGUGCCCGUGACUCUACCUCCCUGGAGUCCUUUCACCUCCACCUAAACAGAUUUAUUCCAGGAACCAGUGCCAGUGACGCGCAUUUCCAGGCGUAUCUUGUUGAAGGGCUGAUGCGCUGGAACGAUGACCGGAUGGAGAAAGCCUUAAAAGGAGCACCUUCCAUCCGCUGUUAUGGCAGUGCUCUGAGUGAGGCAGUGGACCAGCUCAGCCAAAAGUUGCUGGGAAGAGGCUGGGAUGAGCGCUAUCGCACCCCUGGAGCAUACACAGGUGAAUUGCUGGGAAUUGAGUACUUGUACAGCCAGACCGGCAAAACUCUGACUCCAGUGCUCCAGAACCCAGAGGAGGAGGACAGGCUGGUGGAGGAAGUCAAUGAUGAGGAUGCACAUGAUGAGGGGUUUGAAGAACAGGCCAUGGAGGACAUCACAGUUCCUGUGCUGUAUGAGGAUGACCCCUGCCGUGYUCUGGAGACGAGUACUCAGGCCUCUCAACCUCAGGCCCCUGCAUCACCUGUUGACACCAAUAUGUCCGACGAGGCUCAGGGAGAAGUCAUUGGACCGGACAGGAUCGCUGGGUGGGACAAAGUCCAGGAACUGGCUAUUUACCUGGUGGGUCUCCGUGAGGCUUCUUACCUCACUGAGCUGCAGGUGACCCAGGUCAUCCAGCUGUGGACAGCUCUCCCUGAUGGCGACAAGGAGCGGGUCGACUACCAGCCUCGUCAUCAGCCGCAUUUGACAAGUGGCCGCUUUAAGGCUCCUACGCGGUCUGGAGUCACGCCGGGAGUGGAGAGUGUCAAGUGCUGCUUGAUUGGACAUCCUGGGAGACCCGCUCAGUGGCCCAGCACCAGCCGCUUGGUUGAGGCCAUUUGUGUAAGGCUGUGCACUUUGCACAAAACAACCACCAGAAAGGCUGGAGUUUCCACCCCCAGAUGGACAAAAAUUCUCUGCCAUUACCACCACAUCCGGGACUUGGUGCUCAACAGUCCAAGGGUUAUGGCAGAGACAAUGAUCCAGCUCUUUGAGKUAAAUCAGAGGACACUCAUUCAGUGGUUUCAACGGCGGCAGAAAGAACAAGAAAUGAGUGUCCUUUCUCAGGGAAUGGCUCCAAACAACGUAAUUCCUGUCGCGCCUACCCAGCUUCCACCACCUAAGGAGGAACUGGAGCUCCUUCCUCAUACAUCUGGCCCACCACAACAAUUUGCCCUUCUUCUAAAUCUGGGAGGACAGGCUCCUGUUCUGGGGCCAGGCCGACAGCCCGCUGCUGCUGCCACCAGGGAGCACCCCGUCACUCCUGUCCCCACAGGACCAGCCACUGCACAGCCCAUGUCAGCUCAGUUAGGGACUUUCAUCCUAAACCCAGUCACGACUGUGUCACUGGUACUGGCAGCUCCUGGUCCCUCAACCUCCAGUGCAGGCCCAGCUCCGCUUGUUCCUGCUCCUGCUGCUCCUGUGUCCCGGUACACAAAGAGGAACCGGUCCCGGCGGGCUCUUGAGGAGGAGAGUGGAGUCCACAAGCGGAAAUACACGAGAAAAGUCACCUACAACACCUGUAGCCAGUGUGGGCAACCCAAGACACAAGAAUUUGGGCAUAGUCGCCAUGGCAGUGCCACAUACUGUGCACGUGCCUCACCAGGCAAAUCUCUGGAAGAGUGGUUGGCAGAACAGAGAGCAGCAAAAUAA